AUGCAGAACAACGCCUUCACCUUCUCUGUUCCCGGCACUUACUCGCCUUCUCUCCGCCCCGCAACUUCCUCUCCUUCUCUCCGCCCCGCAACUUUCUCUCCUUCUCUCCGCCCCGCAACUUCAUCUCCUUCUCUCCGCCCCGCAAUUUCCUCUCCUUCUUUCCGCCCCGCAACUUCCUCUCCUUCUCUCCACCCCGCAACUUCCUCCCCUUCUCUCCGCCCCGCAGCUUCCUCUCCUUCUCUCCGCCCUACCAGCUCUGGCACAUCUUCGUGGGGUCGCACCUCGACCGACCCCACGCCUUGCACUACCAGCUACUCUCCUGCUGCCUCCAAGGCAGGCCAAAGCCGCAACUGGCGCGCCAACGCCGGUCCCUUGCCUCCUCCACCACCACCAAGGCCUGAGUGCAUUCCCGGCCGGGUAGUCAAGCUGCCCGAGGAGCAAGAGGUCCCUGUGAUCAGCCGCGUCCACAAGGACGCGGCCAGCUUCGGCCAGCCGUGGAACCACCCUUUCGUCAUCACCGAGGAGUGGAGAGAUGAAAACGGGGUCCGGCUCGCCAAGAUCCGGUGCUGUACGAGCUGGGGGGGUCAGGGUAUCGUUGCCAAGCAGUGGUACCACCGCCGCUACUUUGUGGUAGCUGACCAGACCACCCUGGCUUCGGGCAAGUUCGACAGGCCCACCUACGUCAACUGCUCGCCCGGCCAAGAACUCACCAUCGAGUUCGAAUACCUCCAGCUCUGGGCAGGGAAGCCCAUCCAGUUCCAGCAACGGGCACUGGAUUCUUUCAACAAGAACGAGCCGAGGCCGCGCCGCGACAGCGGUGUCGGUUGCUGA